CAGUCAGAGCUGAGAGCAGCUGAAGCGCAAGAAGAAAUCUUUGCCUCGUCUGUCACUACCGCAUUGCCUACCGCGCCAGCAAUUGACUUGACUUGCGCCACCGUCUCUCUCAAAUUGCCAAUUCCUCUCGUCGUGCCGUGCAUUUGCACACAUCUCCUAGCCGAGCCUCUGCUCCUCGCCCCUGCCGUCGUCUUCUUCCUCUGGCCCUCGUCGUGGAGCGGAUGCCUGCGCUCAGCGUUCUUGGAUAAGCACAGUAGGAAAGUUCACCCGAGUGUUGUUGACAAAUGGGGCAAAAGGACUCCAAGCCUUCGUAUAACUCUGGUUAUGAUUAUGGGAAUUCAUCGGCGGGGUAUAACUCGAGAUAUUCUGCAAAUACACCCUCAGGUUACAGCCCGAGGUAUGCUCCUUCUGCGGGUAACAAUGUGCAGCAGCCAGAAGCACAUGCCAGGCUGCAGAGGAUGUAUUCCAGGAUCGGCGACGACUACCGUUCCGUGGGUCAAGUGACUGAAGCUUUGGCACAAGCAGGACUUGAAUCUUCAAACCUUAUUGUAGGAAUUGAUUUUACAAAAAGUAAUGAAUGGACAGGUAAAAUUUCCUAUAAUCGCCGCUGCCUGCAUGAUAUUGGAAACACUCCAAACCCGUAUGAGCAAGCCAUAUCUAUUAUUGGAAGGACACUUUCGGCUUUUGAUGAAGACAAUUUGAUUCCUUGCUUUGGAUUUGGUGAUGCAUCAACUCAUGACCAGGAGGUAUUCAGCUUUUAUCCAGAGAACCAGCCAUGUAAUGGAUUUGAAGAGGCGUUAGAAAGAUACAGAGAAAUCGUUCCAACUCUCCGAUUAGCUGGACCAACAUCUUUCGCUCCAAUAAUUGAGACUGCGAUUGGGAUUGCGGACAGCACUGGUGGUCAAUAUCAUGUUCUUCUGAUAAUUGCUGAUGGACAGGUUACUCGAAGUGUGGAUACACAGUCUGGGCAGUUAAGUCCACAGGAGCGGGAUACAAUUGAUGCUAUAGUGAAAGCUAGCCACUUUCCGUUGUCUAUUGUUCUUGUUGGAGUCGGUGAUGGACCAUGGGAUAUGAUGCAUAAGUUUGACGACAACAUACCUGCUCGCUCAUUUGACAAUUUCCAGUUUGUGAAUUUCACGGACAUUAUGUCAAAGAGCAUAGCAGCUGAUAGGAAGGAGGCUGAAUUUGCAUUGUCAGCAUUGAUGGAAAUCCCUACACAGUAUAAAGCAACACUUGAUCUCCAACUACUAGGUCGUCGCCAAGGAAUACCUCCAAGAAUUCCUCUGCCCCCACCAACAAGGAAUCCUUAUUCAAGGUCUACCAGCUUUGACCAACAUUCCGGUGUUUAUUCACGGUCUAGUAGCUUUGGUCAACAAACAAGUGGCUUUCAGCAGUCAGAAAGUUUUAAACAGCGACAGCCUGCAGCUUCAAGGAGACCUGACAGUUAUUCAUCAGAAAGUUCACAGCCUGCGGCCACAAGGACACCUGACACUUAUGCAUCAGAAAGUUCUCUAGACAGCAGACUUGCAUGUGCCAUAUGUAUGGAUAAAUCGAAGGAUCUUGCAUUUGGAUGCGGACAUCAGACUUGCAAUGACUGCGGAAACAAUUUGGUCCGCUGCCCUAUGUGCCAGCAGCCCAUUACCACAAGGAUCAGGCUGUACUGAUUAAAAAACGGAUCUCAAACAUUUGAAGCCUAUGUCAUUGCCAUUACUGGAAGAAGCGCAGUGCAAAAUGUUCCGAAUCAGCAUAAAAUUUACUUUUCUCCAUGCCGUACUGGUGAUUAGCUUUCUUACUGCAGCGCGAUGUCUUCCGUUAGACAGUGCUUUAGGGCCUCACGGGAUAUGGGAGUGGAACAGUUUGGCUAAAGCUCCUGUAUUCCCCAGCAGGCUCUUACUGUCCUUGUACAGUAAGGCAUUCGUCGUAGCUGCAGUAGUUGAGCAGUGAAAAUGUGCCCUGAAAAUAAUGUACAGAUCUUUUGUUGUUUUUCAUUUUUCUUUGAUUUCAAUUGGUAAAUAAGAUGAAUACUCCGUAGAAGAUUUCAGGGAUAUGUAUGAUUCAAAGUACACAUUUGAUUUGUACAUUAAUCAAAACAAUUAUCAUUGUUGACUUCAUUUUGUACACUCAUUUUCAAACAACUUUCAAUAAAAAGGUCCUGAACCA